AAACAAACACCACCAGCCCAAACAACUCCCAAACCCUGUCACAUUUCUUCUGCCUCACUCUCUCUAACCGCUGCUCACGCCGUCAACGCCGCCGCCCAGCUGCUCGACUCCACUCCGGUGUCUCUUUCUCUCUCCUAAACGCCGGCCAGGCCAUUCCAGUUUCCAGCUUUGGCCACCGAUAAAUUUGUCAAAAGGCAAUAUUUCGACAACAAUGGCAGAUACUCUGUCCGGUUCUCCAGAGACCUUCGUAGAUAAGCUAGUCGUUCCCGGUGAUGUGGUUCUUGAUCUCUCAACCAUGGCUAACCAGACCAUUAAGCUUGGCGGCGGUCUUCGACAGGAGUCUGAUGCUAUAUCUGUGUCGAAAGCUGGGAAAUUGAAGUUGUCUAAGCAUAACAAGUACUGGGUCGAGAGCUCCCAGAAAAGGUAUGUACCGAGUGUGGGGGAUUCGAUUCUUGGAAUUGUGCUGGACUCCAGAGCUGAUAAUUUUCUUGUGGACAUUAAAGGACCUGCAUUGGGUUUUUUGCCAGUGCUUGCGUUCGAAGGAGGAACUAGGAGAAACAUACCAAAGUUUGAGGCAGGUACUUUGCUUUACGUUCGUGUCGUGAAGGCAAAUCCUGGCAUGAAUCCCGAGUUGUCAUGCACUGACGCUAAUGGAAAAGCAGCAGAAUUCGGACCCCUUAAAGAUGGGUACAUGUUUGAGUGCUCAACAGGCCUUUCAAGAAUGCUGCUCGGCUCCCCACCAUGUCCAGUUCUUGAGGCCUUUGGAAAGAAGAUUUCCUUCGAGGUAGCGGUUGGAUUAAAUGGCCGUGUUUGGGUCAAUGCUGAUUCUCCAUCAACAAUAAUCGUCGUGGCAAAUGCAAUUAUGAAGUCGGAGUCUCUCAGUGUGGUACAGCAAAGAAUUAUGGUGGAAAAGCUUCUUCAGAACUUACAUCUAUCAACUUGAGAAUUGAAGAAGUUCCAGCUUUUAUAGCAAUGAGGGCCUCGAUCUAUGUACUGAAUGGAAGAUAUUAAUGAUCAUGUAGGCUUUGAUGGCAAGAAAUUCACACCAGACAUGAUUUUACAACCUUGAGAAUUUUGUCAAACUAGUUUACUAGAAUUGUAUACUUGUGGAGUGUGUAAGUAUCUUGAUAUUAAUGGAAAUUUAUUCUUGGAGGCUACAACAACAUAA